AUGGCGGCGGGGGUCGCGCGGCUGCUGCGCGCACUGGCUGUACUGGUGUCCGUACUGGUGGUUACUGGUGGUUACUGGUGGUUACUGGUGUCCCCGUGCCCCAAGCCCGUCAUCGCCGCCGUGCACGGAGCCUGCGUCGGAGCCGGUGUGGAUCUGAUCUCGGCCUGUGACAUUCGCCUCUGCUCCCAGGACGCUUUCUUCCAGGUCAAGGUGGGACACCAGGGGGUCCUGGCACCCCCCAAAUGUCCCCGAGACCCCUCAGGUGUCCCCAGCCGGGUGCUGCCGGACAAGGAGUCCCUGCUGGAGGUGGCCCUGGAGGUGGCCGCGGCCAUCGCCGCCCGCAGCCCCGUGGCCGUGCAGGGAACCAAAGUCAACCUCAUCUACUCCAGGGACCGGCCGGUCUGCGAGGGGCUGCAGCACGUGGCCACCUGGAACAUGGCCAUGCUGCAGACCGAGGACAUCCCCAAGUCGGUGCAGGCGGCGCUGGACAAGAAAGGGCCCGAGGCCGUGCCCUUCGCCAAGCUCUGACGUCACCUCUGACGUCACCAGUGCCACCUCAGUGUCACCUCAGUGCCACUGGUGUCGCCUCAGAGCCGCAGGUGUCACCUCAGUAUCACCACAGUGCCACAGGUGUCACCUGUGUCACCUCGGUGUCGCUGCCAUGUCCUGGCCUGAGAGGUGUCACCUCAGUGUCACCUCAGUGUCACCGCCGUGCCCUGGCCUGAGCUCUGAUGUCACCGCAGUGCCAUCCCCAGUGUCCCUUUCUCCAGGCUGUAGAACCCCCCGGUGUCCCCUGGGUGUCCCCUCAGUGUCCCUUCGGUG